CGCCCCUUUAUUUCCUCGCGCCGCGCGUGUUCGCGCGCGUUCUCUGCUGCAGAGAGCGUCGAUUGUGACGUCAUCCUGCCGGAGCGGCUGCUGGGCACGGGCGGAAAAUGGGCACAGAUCCGCGAGGACUGAAGAUUGAGACCCCAAGAAAGACAAAUUAGGUGCAGCGGUAGGAGACCUGAUGGUAGUCAAGACAUUGUGAAACCUAAAGAAGAAUGUGUGACGAUCCCCCGUUCCUUCUUCAGCACUUCACAAACCCAAUGCUUUUGAGAUGAGUGGUCCUCCGUUGUCCCUGGCCACUGUACCUGCCUGCUCUUGGCAGUGCUUGGUGGCGUGAGCAGAUUGCUCCACCCUGGCAGCCACGGGAGCGUGGAAUGGCCUCUUUGGACCUGCCGUAUCGUUGUCCUCGCUGUGGGGAACACAAGCGCUUUCGAAGUCUGUCCUCUUUGCGUGCCCAUCUGGAGUACAACCACACCUACGAGACCCUGUAUGUGCUGUCCAAGUCCAACAGCGUGUGCGAUGCCGCUGCGCUGCUGCCCCUAGUGGCCGACGGAGCCCUCACCGCUGAAUCUCGUUUUCCGUACCGUGAGCUGCCCUGCUCUGGUGAAGAGCUAGGUCUUCCUUCCUCUACCGCUUGCUACCUUCCCAAUGUUGAGUUCCCUCUGGGUGAGAUUCUGGUGAAGACAGCCAUGAGCUCAGGCGAUGCCUUGACAUCCACUGGGAACAAUGCAGUCGCAGUGGCCGCUAACGUGGCCGCAAGCGCUGUGGAGGCAGCUUACGAGGAGGGCCUGGCUCGGUUGAAAGCACGGGCGUUUGAGAGGCUCGAGUUGGACGAGAGAUUGGAGAAGCUGUCGGAGGAGGUGGAACAGAAGAUCGCGGCGCGCGUCGGUCGCCUGCAGGCGGAGCUGGAGAGGAAAAGCUCGGAGCUGGAAAAAGCCAAACUUGAGAGUGAGAGGCUCGGUCAGGAAAAACAAGACCUGGAAACCAAGGCUACUGAGCUGUCAAGGCAGGUGGACGUGUCUGUGGAGAUGCUAGCCAGUCUUAAGCAGGACCUGGUUAACAAGGAGCAGGAGCUGACACACAAACAACAAGAGGUGGCCCAGAUCGAUCAGUUUCUGCAGGAAACAGCUGCACGUGAAGCCAACGCCAAAAUGCGUCUUCAGCAGUUCAUUGAAGAGCUGUUGGACCGGGCUGACCGCGCUGAGAAACAGCUCCAGAUUAUCAGCAGCUGUGCCACAACUCCCAAUGGCAGCCUGGGACACUGCAGCCUGCAGGGAUCCAAACCUAAUGGGCGGCAGAGAAAUUCCAGCAUCUCCGGGGCAUCCAGGGGAAUGUACCAAGUGUCAGAUCGACGUUCCUCCCCUAGCACUGCAGCAUCAGGACGGGGAAAGUCAGUGUCUCAAGGUUCAGGAGGUUAUGACAGUGACAGCGUGGACCUCCAUGCUCUGGAGGACUGCCCUGAUGCACAGUACUAUCACGUCCAGUGCCGGCUUGGGGAGGGAGGCGGAGGAGGCUACGAAAGAGCGGGCGCUUCUCGGAGUUGGGGUCUCCGCAAGCAGGCCAUCCAGAACUGGCAGCGCCGGCCGUACCGGAACAGCACAGAGGGAGAAGAGGGCGACGUGUCAGAUGUGGGCUCCCGCACCACCGAGUCCGAAGCAGAGCUGUGGGAGCAGGACAGGAGAGCGGAAUGUCAGCAGCAUGCGCCGAGCCGUGGGGGAUACAGACUUUCUUCAGGAGGAUAUAAGCAUUGCCGACACGACAAAAGUCCCUCUAAAAUCAGUGAGGUGAUCAGUCCUGAGGUGCUGAAGAUGCGUGCCGCUCUCUUCUGCAUCUUCACCUACCUAGACACUAAAACGCUCAUGCGGGCUGCCGAGGUGUGCCGGGAUUGGAGGUUUGUGGCUCGCCAUCCAGCAGUGUGGACCAGAGUGCUGCUGGAGAACGCUCGCAUCUCUUCAAAGUUUUUGUGCACGUUGUCGCAGUGGUGCACACAGACCCAUUCCCUGAUCCUCCAGAAUCUCAAACCCAGACAGAGGGGCAAAAAGGAAACAAAGGAGGAAUAUCUGAAGAGCACACGUGGCUGUCUUGAGGAGGGUCUGGAGGCCUUGCUGAAAGCUACUGGCAGUAAUCUACUCAUCCUGAAGGUGUCUCAUUGUCCCAAUCUAUUGACUGAUCGCUCGCUGUGGUUGGCCAGCUGUUAUUGCCGAGCGUUACAGGCCGUCACAUACAGGAGUGCCACAGACCCUGUUGGACAGGAGGUUAUCUGGGCAUUGGGAGCUGGUUGCAGAGACAUCAUUUCACUACAAGUGGCACCAUUACAUCCAUGCCAGCAGCCAGCACGCUUCAGUAACAGGUGCCUACAGACGAUUGGCAGAUGCUGGCCACACCUACGAGCUCUGGGUGUGGGCGGGGCAGGCUGUGGCAUACAGGGACUGGCUUCUUUGGCGAGGAACUGCAUGAGACUGCAGGUAUUAGAGUUGGACCACGUCAGUGAGAUAAAUCAGGAAGUGGCUGCUGAGAUGUGUCGUGAGGGACUGAAAGGUCUGGAGAUGCUGGUGCUCACAUCCACUCCUGUUACUCCUAAAGCCCUGCUGCACUUUAACAGUGUGUGUCGUAACCUAAAGUCCAUUGUAGUGCAGAUUGGUAUAGAAGACUACUUUGAAGACCCCAACAGUCCUGAGGCCAGAAAACUGUUUGAUGAAAUGGUGAAUAAGCUCCAGGCGCUGAAGAAGAGACCUGGUUUCUCCAAAAUCCUUCAUGUAAAGGCUGAUGGCUUGUGCUAACUCUGCUGGGUCGAGGUCAGAGCCACCUGAAGGUUCACUGUUUAUUUCAAACCGAUCGAGUCAUCGUGUCCUCCGUGAAACGAGGAAGAAUCAACACGUCCUCUUCAGUUUGAACACCAACCACCAGUCAAUCAUAUCGAGAUGGGGGAACAUCUGUUUGAUUAGAUGUGAGGCAAUCAAAUACAGGAGUGUGUAGACUGUACCUAACCAAACUUUGAGAAAAGCAGUCAGACAGUGUUCUCCUUCUUGCCAAACAAACGAAACUUCAAGAAGAUCUCUGACUAUGUCUUCUCUCCCUUCAGAGCACAGAGCUGCAGGUGGGGGAUGCCUUGUUUUGCAACCUGCAACGUAAAAUCAACGUUAAAUCCAAACAGCACAAAUUUAAAAUGCACAUUUAUGUUGGGGUAAGUUAUACAGCUGUGUGUUUGUAAAUGUGUGAGUGGCUUUGUGAUAAACGCGAUUGCUUCCCCAAGACCUACAAGAAGACAGAUAAAGUUAUUAGUGUUCACUUUGAACUGAACGCAUCGGUCAACCAUAUUACCAGGACAAUUUCAACAUAAUCACCAGCUUCGGACAUGGCUUACCGAUAUCCUUGUCUCCAUAGAAACUACUGUUACAUACAGCUAUCACGUGUCCAUAGCAGGAGUACAAAUAUGACUGAAGAAGCCAGUAACCAUGAAAACUUCGUCCACCUGCAAGAUGUUCAUUCAUCAGCUCAUCUGCACCAUGUGUGUCACCAUUCAGUCCUAUUGCCAAGACCAGAGUAACUCGAGGUGUUUUUGCUUUCAUUUUUGUUGAUCUGUUGUGCUUCAACAGGAUCAUAGAAAGCCCUAAUGUGCCAUCUAUAGGUGUAGUGUGUUCUUGCUUUAUUUUUAAGUGAAUCAAUUUAUUUAAACCCAAUGUGCCAUUAGUGAACUUUAUCAUUGGAACCUAAACGGUUUUUAGGUCAUGCCAGGUGUGCGCUUAUCUAAAGGGAUAUAAGGGCAAAUUCAUGUAGUGAGGUGCCAUGGUGCUGUUUCAUGUUUGACUCCAUUCGUCAAUAUAUCUCAUUCUGUGUAACUCAGGCAGGUGC